AUGACUCUCAUCCUACUGACCGGCGGCACGGGCUACAUUGGCUUCCGCACGCUCCAGUAUGCUCUUGACAAAGGAUACCACGUUCGUGCAGCCGUACGUACCGACGCCAAAGCCAAGGCACUCCGCCAGAAGUUGCCGAAACACGAAGGAAAGCUCGAGACCAUCCUCGUGCCCAACAUCCUCGCUCCCGGCGCCUACGACGCAGCCGUGAAAGGCGUCAAGUACGUCGUCCACCUCGCAAGCCCUCUCCCGGACGGCGACACGCCAGUCGACGAUUACAACGCCGAGAUGUUCCGACCAGCAAUUCAAGGCACACUCGGCAUCCUCGAAUCCAGCCGCAAAGAAUACAGCGUCAAGCGCGUUGUCAUCACCAGCUCCAUGGUCGCCAUCGUGCCUUUCGCCGGUUUGAUGGGUCAACUGGGCGAAGACGUGGUUAUCACGCCGGACGACCGGGCUGAAGACAUUCCGCCUCCCUAUCCGAAGCCCAUCGUUGCGUAUGUCCAGUCGAAGAUCGCUUCGCUCCGGUCAGCAGAGGCAUGGAUGUAUAGGAGUCAGCCGAAGUUUGACAUGAUCACGAUCCAUCCAGCGUUCGUGGGUGGGCGCAACGACUUCGCCACUAGCACGGAAGAACUUCUGACGGGCACGAACAUGGGUUUCUUCGCUCCCAUCCUGGGCCAGGAGGUCGUUGAGAAAGUCGGCCCGAGGGUGGCUGGUUUGGUGGAUGUGGGAGACGUUGCCAAAGCGCAUAUCGAGUCCUUGGAUGAGAAGGUUGCGGGCAAUCAGGCCUUUUUGCUCACCAACAAAGGUGGGGACGUGGCGUGGAACGAUGCGAAGGCCGUUGUCCAGAAGAAGUUCCCGGACGCUGUUGGCAAGCAGUUUCCAAAUAAUGGAUCUGUCGAGCCUCACUUCUGGAGUAGAACGGACAUCGAGAAGACGGAGAAAACGUUUGGGAAGCUCACGAGCUUCGAAGAGACGAUUGAGGGACUGGCCGGGCAGUAUUUGGAGCUGCUGGCGAAGGAGCAGAACCUCGGCUUCAAAUAUCAUGCCGAACACGGCGCCCAAACAUUCAUCAACAACUCCCUUCUUCCAUCCUAUCUGUAUACAUCAACAUUCAGCCUCAUCUCUCGCCCGUGGCCACUAUUCAUCGGGAACAUGGCAGGCGGUAGCACGUUCACAUGGAAGCAUGCCCUAUCACUCCACUCAACACUCUCACCCUUCGACUCUCCCGUCCCAAUGACACACCCGGCUUUUAAGAAAGUCAAGCCUGUGUCAUGGCGCCGAAUGAACGUCUCUGGGCUACUGGUAACCAUAUACGGCCUGGAAGAGCUACCUGAAGAUUCCGGCGACAUCGUCUGCUUCUGGCUCCUUCAUGGUCGUGGCGACACGCAAGACUCAAUGGGAUUGGUAGCCGGCGCAUUCUUAGAGACCUGGAACUCCAAACGAAAACCUGGCCAGAGCAGAAUGAUAUGCGUCUGCAUCGAUCAAAGGAAUCAUGGCUCACGCAUGCUGGACAACCGGGCCAACGUGUCUUGGAAGCAAGGCAAUCCUACCCAUGGCCCGGACAUGUUCAACACGUACACCGGGACUGCACUAGAUGUUUCUCACCUCAUCACGCAUCUACCCUCAUAUCUCCCGUUCAAGAUCAACGAGCACAUCUGCGGCGGUGUCAGUCUCGGCGGCCACGCAACCUGGACUCUGCUCAUGAACGAACCGCGAGUCAGAGCCGGCAUGGUCGUGAUCGGAUGUCCGGACUACGUACGUCUGAUGACAGACCGAGCAGUACGGAGCAAAGUGCCUUCAGCGCUCGAUAACAAUGGCGAGCCGAAUUUGCGUAACUUCCUGGGGUCGCAGGAGUUUCCUCCUUCUCUGCUAGAAGCUAUUGAGAAAUAUGACCCAGCCGGUAUUCUAUUCGGCGAGCUGGACUUUAUCACUGGAGACGACCACUUGCAUCCGCCGUCAGACCCGGAGAUGAAGAAAUUACGACCGAUGAUGACAGAGCGACUGGCUGGGAAGAAGAUCAUCUGUAUGGCUGGGGCGAACGAUGGUCUUGUGCCGUACAAGCAGGGCGAGCCCUUCUUGACCUGGCUAGGGAAGGCUGUGGAUAAGAAGGACGGCUGGUUCAAUGACCAAAGUGUUGAGCUGGAGAGCAUUGUCGACGCGAAGGCUAGACAUGAGUUCUCGGCCAUGAUGCGGACGGAGGCGGAGAGGUGGCUUUGCGAUUACCUGGCUGGCGGCUCAAGCUCGCAUGGGCAGAGCAAGCUAUAG